AUGAAUAGUGAUCCAAAGAGCAGGCAAGAUAAUGGUAGUAAUAAGUCACAACUUAAUAACAAAAAAACCAGGCUAUAUAAUAGUAGAACAAUCAGGACUCAAAAUGUUGAUCCAGCGUACAAUAAAGAUGAGAGUAAGCUAGAUGUUGCAAAGUUUAUUCAAUCACGGAAAUACGAGAUCAACGCCUUUGAGUUAUCGCAAUUGAAAAGUAAAAGUGCUUUAUCUACUAGAUGCUUUCAGAAUUUACCAAGAAUAAUGAGACGAAGGGCUGCAUCGCACAAUGUUAAGCGCAUCCCUAAGCGAUUAAGAGCAAAAGCUAUCAAGGAGAUGAGUGGUGCGACUACAAACACCCCCAAACACCUUCCAAAAGGAAGAGUUCUAUUCAAGAUUAUGCAAAAACAAAGAAUCUUGAAAGCAGCUUCGAAAUUGAAAAAUGACAAAUACGAACUAGACCCGGUGUUGAAACAGGGUAAUGUGCGUGCGGCAAUCAAGAAGUUAGCAAAGGAACUACGUUACCUUAAAAAUAAGAGAACCCCUACGAUGAACAACUCGGUUGGUUCAAUUGAUCGCACUGGAAAGGGUUUGCUAGCGCCAACACCAGCAGGUAAUAUUAAGUAUCGUAACAGGCAGCGAGAUUUUGCUUGGACUCCGACUCAUAUUUGGCAUGCCAAACGUUUCAAAAUGAGCAAACAGUACGGUUUUCAAAUUCCUUAUACUCCCACUCAGAAAUGUUUUAAAUUUAUGAAUAGACAAAAUCGGUACAAGUCCGUUUGUUUUGAUACUUCGUACACUUCAUCUAUGGUUUUAAGAACCCGUCUGGUGGGGGGCACGACUGGGGGGCAGAAUCUCACGUUGACUUUGCAAGAGUUGUUAAAUAAGAGAAAAGUGCCAAGUAUGAUUGCAAAUGGAGAAAAAUGUUACAUUGGUGGGAUUUAUAUGAAAGGGAAAGAGGUAUCACCGGGGCUCAUAUACGCCAACUUGCAAAAAAAUGUAAUACUAGUUCGUGUUCAUGCUAGCGUAUACGUGGAUCUUUUUGAAAAUAUCCGAACAAUGACAAUGGAGGAGGGGGAGGAUAAUAAAUUUUCAAACAUCGAGGUUGAAGAUUGUCGUUUUUCCCUUGGCAGUAUUGAUGUUUCUGGGCCCAGAUCCUUGAAUUCUUUGAGUAAGAUAUUUCAUCUUAAGGAUGUGUCGGAAGAGCUAAAGAAUAUUUGGACGUCUCUUGCCAAUCAAAGAGAAAGUUCCAUUAUUCCAGUUGGUACUGUUCUUGUAUUUAGUAUCUAUGACCCAAGACUCUGGAACAAACCUACCAAAUUACCAUUCAAAAGCCUGAACGAUCUUUACGAUGUGGUUUUAAAGUUGAAAACGAAUUCUCUUGUUGAUUAUAAGGUAAUUGAAAAUUUGUUAACGUCAACUGGUAGACAAGCAUCAUAUCGAGAUCAACUUUCAAUUAAAGAUUUAGGGAAAAUUAAAAGAUUAAAUACGGAGUUUCUGAAAAUCCUGCAUAGCACCAUUCCUAUUCUACUAGUUAAAACGGAAGCUCAGUACUGGUCGCUUAUAUGUCCAUGGUUCUGGGUUUUGCCAAUAUGGAUUCAAAUUGUAAAGAUUCCCGAUAUAAAACCUGGCGGGUUAAAACAGCUUCACCAGUUUCAAUUUGAAAAAGGGAAACCAUUUUUUCCAAACGAUUUUCCUUGGAAUAUACAAGGAUGGAAGUAUAACAAUGUUAAUGGUGAGCUAGCUAGAGAAUCCGAUAUGAAAAAACCCAAAAAUCAGGUCUCCUUGAAACAGUCUGAAGGUCCAUUUACUCAAAUUCUUGAUGCGUACAAGGCAGACUGGUUUGCGUUAAGGAACUUAACAUAUCUUGUCAAGUAUCGAGAUCAAACGUUAUUAACCCUAGAGGGUUCAGGCGUGCCCUACUCUGGAACUCAUGAGAGACAAUUGGAGUCUAUGACAGAUGUAAUUGCAAUGACAUGCUCACUAAAUAAGGAGAGUGAAUACAUACCGUAUUCCGUACCUAUAGAGAAAUUUGACCUGUCCAAUGAAGAACAUAAGAAAUUUUUGACCAAUGAAACUAUGAUUGAAGCCAUACCAAUGAUAGUACGCAUGAAAUUACCCGUGAUACAAAUCGAGCUUACUAUUGUGACAAACGGCGUAAUUCUAGAUAAUGCUAGAAUAUACUCAAAAGAGAAAGUUUCUGACAAAUAUUUAGUAGGGUUUGUGACAUCAGGUGGAAUGAAUUUGAAUAUUGGAAAGUGUAGCGGAGUAGGUGCCAUAAUAGCAAUAGCGCCGCUGGAUUGUAAGAUAAGUAAUAACACACUUUUUGUAAGAAACCCGGGAAAGUCAAGUAUCUACGAAUGUAAAUAUAAACAGGUUUGA